CCAUUUCAACUCUUUUACAAUCCACUCUUCCUCCCCCCUCCCAACACUGCCAAACCUCAGCAGAUUACAAAGUACAACUAGGAAGCUCAAUACCUUUCUCAGAAAUGGUAGUUCAAUCACCUUUUCAAUCCAUUUCAUGCUCAUCAAACUGUCUUGUCAGAGGUGAGGAGCAAUGGCUUGGAUGCCUGUCACUAAAGAGAAAGCCAAUGCAUUUACGGUUUUCAAAUGGCUAUAAAGUCAGAGCAAGGGCUACUCUGAAUGCUAAUUCUACAGCAAAUAUAGAGAUUCCUCAUCAGUGGUACAAUCUGAUUGCAGAUCUUCCAGUAAAACCGCCUCCUCCUUUGCAUCCUAAAACUUUUGAGCCUGUCAAACCCGAAGAUUUGUCUCCUCUAUUUGCUGAUGAGUUGAUAAAGCAGGAAGCAAGCAAUGAGAGAUUCAUAGAUAUCCCAGAUGAAAUUCUUGAUGUUUACAGGCUUUGGCGACCAACACCUCUGAUCAGAGCCAAGAGAUUGGAGAAGCUUCUGGAUACACCUGCAAGAAUCUACUAUAAGUAUGAAGGUGUCAGCCCUGCUGGGUCACAUAAGCCCAACACUGCAGUUCCACAAGCUUUCUACAAUGCACAGCAAGGGAUCAAGAAUAUUGUGACAGAAACUGGUGCUGGCCAGUGGGGGAGUUCAAUGGCCUUUGCUUGCAGCUUAUUUGGACUUGGCUGUGAAGUGUGGCAAGUGCGUGCCUCUUUUGAUCAGAAACCAUAUCGUAGACUAAUGAUGCAAACAUGGGGUGCGAAAGUGCACCCUUCUCCAUCUAGCAUAACUGAGGCAGGUCGGAAAAUCCUUCAAACUGAUCCCUCAACCCCAGGAAGCUUAGGAAUAGCUAUCUCAGAAGCUGUAGAGGUUGCUGCCACAAAUGAGGAUACCAAGUACUGCCUAGGGAGCGUUCUGAACCAUGUUUUGCUACACCAAACAGUUAUAGGAGAGGAGUGCUUAAAACAAAUGGAGGCUAUUGGUGAAAUACCAGACUUGAUCAUAGGCUGUACUGGUGGUGGGUCCAAUUUUGCUGGACUUAGUUUCCCUUUUAUCAGAGAGAAGCUCAGUGGGAAAAUCAACCCUGUUAUAAGAGCAGUUGAACCGGCAGCAUGUCCUUCUCUAACAAAAGGUGUCUAUGCAUAUGAUUAUGGUGACACAGCAGGGAUGACUCCAUUGAUGAAGAUGCACACACUUGGCCAUGACUUCAUUCCUGAUCCAAUUCAUGCUGGAGGCUUGCGUUACCAUGGUAUGGCACCAUUGAUAUCACACGUUUAUGAACUCGGUUUCAUGGAAGCAAUCUCACUCCCUCAAACAGAAUGCUUCCAAGGUGCAAUACAAUUUGCUCGUACAGAAGGAAUAAUCCCGGCACCUGAGCCAACUCAUGCCAUUGCUGCCACCAUCAGGGAAGCUCUCCGCUGUAAAGAGACCGGGGAAUCAAAGGUCAUUCUGACGGCAAUGUGUGGUCAUGGACAUUUUGACCUGACAUCAUAUGAGAAGUAUUUGCAAGGCGAUAUGAUUGAUUUGUCAUUUGAGGAAGAGAAAAUAAAAGAGUCACUGGCCAAGGUUCCUAAAGUUGCAGCAUGAGCCCAGGAAAAGAUCCAUUUUGUGGCAUUUAGGAUGAAUCUCAUAAUGGUAGAUCAGUCAUGAAUUUUCUAAAGUUUGGGCAUUUUCUAUGUACCUUGAUAUGAGAAAUAGCAAGGUUGUUUUAAUUUCUUGACAUUUUUAUAGUUUUUUCUAUUUUAAUUAAUAAAAGUAUUAUCAUCAA